AACUGUCGCCACAGCCCCUGGACCACCACCCACGAGCAGCUCUCCGACGAGGAAAAGACGAGCUCCGGCGUCAGCGAGGACCUCAUCCGCAUCUCGGUCGGCACGGAGCACAUUGACGACAUCAUUGCCGAUUUCGAGCAGUCCUUCAAGAACGCCUCCUCCGCCUCCACCACGGGCAAGCCCGCUCCCGCGGCCGAGACCAAGCAGGACGACGCGCCGCUUGCGCCGUAGGUUUCGGCGAGAACAUGAGAUUGGGUGAUGUGUGGUUGCGUCUGGGAUGAUUUUUUUGCCUUUGUUUAUUUCCAAAUGUACGAGAACGAAAAUACCCGUAGAAAAAGCAACUUACGAUUCUUGUCUUACCUUGAUUUUCGUCUUGAUAUUUUGGCUUGCUUGGCGGGCUUGGAUGGAGAGAAAAGAGAAGGCCGGAAAAAGAAACGCCAUCAUGCUUGAAAUACCCCUUGAUCGUUCCUCGUGCAACAUGAUCAGAAACACCACAAAGUUUGAUCCAGCGUUGCCCAGGCCGCGUCCGACGUCCACUGUAGAGAGGAUAGGCAAGGGCAGGGCGUACAUCACACGUCCCGCCAUACCAGCCAUGCCGACCCAAACCACAGAGAAACCAUGUAGGCACCAAGGAUCAGAAGGAAAAUCGGCGGGCACGAGAAAUGAUCCUCCUGAUCCCUGGUGUCCUCCCGCCCAUCCUCCGAUAAGAAGCAGUGUGCGAUCGGCCAUUUAGCUCUCCCACCCGUGGCAACUUAAACCGCGCCCCAAAAGCAACGGCAAGCACGCAACGAAAUGAAACGUGCCGACGCCACAAAUUCCUAGU